CGCCAAUACAGAGAUUCCAGGAAAACAAUAAACAAAAGAAACAAAAGAAUCCAAAAUUUUCUCUCCUUAUAGAAAGCAAGAAACUUCCAGGAUCUGGUGAAAACCAUGGAAGAAGGCGACUUUUUCAGUUGCUUCAGCGAAAUUAAUAGUGGCAUGACUAUGAAUAAGAAGAAGAUGAGGAAGGGCACUAAUCAUAAGAGGUUUAGUGAGGAACAGAUCAAGUCACUUGAGGUUAUAUUCGAGUCCGAGACUAGGCUCGAGCCGAGGAAGAAGAUGCAGUUAGCUCGAGAGCUAGGGCUGCAACCAAGACAAGUGGCUAUAUGGUUUCAGAACAAGAGGGCUCGUUGGAAGUCUAAACAGCUUGAGAAAGAGUAUGAUAUUCUUAGAGCCAAUUACAAUAACUUGGCUUCACAAUUUGAAAUCAUUAAGAAAGAAAAGCAAGCACUAGUCUCUGAGUUGCAGAGACUAAAUGAAGAGAUGCGAAAGACAAAAGAAGAAAGGAAUGAUGAGUGUUGUGGUGAACAAAGAGUUGCUCUAAGCAGCAGCACAUGGUCAGAUAAUGGAAAGUAUGAGCCAGAAGUCAGGGUAAAUCAAGGGAUUGUUUUGUGUAAUGACGACAUUAAGACAGAGUAUUUUGGAUUUGAGGAAGAGUCCAAUCAUGAGCUCAUUAACAUUGUGGAGCAAGCUGAUGAUAGUGGCUUGACUUCAUCCGAUAACUGGGGAAAUUUCAAUUCUGAAUCUUUCUUAGACCAAUCUAGUAGCAAUUACCCUUGGUGGGAUUUUUGGUCAUAAAUAAAAUAGUGAAGAGAAAGAGUGUGUAUAGUUUUCUAGAUAAAUAAUAAAUUUUCUUUUUGCAUUGUGAUAUA